UGACUCAGAGGCAGCUCACACACCAACUUACCCACAGACCGUGGAAAAAUAGUGUCUGAAGAUGGCUGAUUUAACAGGGCAUCGCGAGCCCUCAACGGUAUCAUCAACUUCACCCGAGCUGUUCCCAAGCUUGACAUUCGCGGUUGGACAACUUUGAAGCGGCCCCGCCUCAUACUUGACCAGUCUACCCCUAACGCAAAUAUUGACGGAGGUAUUAUAAAAAAUGGCAGAGAUGGAAAAAGAGGGCAGACCCCCCGAAAAUAAAAGAAGCCGAAAACCGGCUCACCCGGUAAAAAGAGAAAUCAAUGAAGAAAUGAAGGUUCGGGCUGAGCGGGCCAACUCAUGGGCAGGCAAGGCGGGUGAUCUCCAUGGCAACCCGCCCUACUCCAUGAGUUUUGCAGAGAACACCAUGAACGAGCUGCUUGGCUGGUAUGGUUAUGACAAGGUGGACCUGAGAGACCAGGACAACAUUGACAUACAGAACUACCCUGAUGGAGAGGCACAACAACAUAUCUCAGUCCUGAAAGAAAACUCUUUGCCAAAAAUCCCAGGAGGAUCGGGGGAGAACAGUGAUGUCUCCCCAAACCAAGCCAAUAGCUCCCACUCUACACCAACUUCAAGGAAUGGAGUGACAGAGUCCUCCACUACCCCGUCCACCUCCACACCCAGCACCAGGGAGCACGGGAACAUGCCCAUCAUAGUCCCACUGAUCCCACCCCCCAUGAUCAAGCCACCAGCGGACGAGGAUUUGUCCAAUGUCCAGAUCAUGUGUGCUUGGUGUCAGAAGGUUGGCGUGAAACGCUACUCCCUCAACAUGGGCACUGAGCUGAAGAACUUUUGCAGUGAGAAGUGCUUUGCUGCCUGUCGCAGAGCCUACUUCAAGAGAAACAAGCUUGGAUAUAUAAGGAAUUACAGUGCGAGAGACGAAGACGGCCAUGGUGAGAAAUUACCCCAGCACAGCUAUUCUAAGGAUACGCCCAGGCUUGUCUUCAAGACAAACAGCGAUGUGCUUGUCUGUGACUGGUGCAAACACAUCCGCCACACCAAGGAGUACCUAGACUUCGGUGCUGGUGAACGGAGAUUGCAGUUCUGCAGUGCCAAAUGCCUGAACCAGUACAAGAUGGACAUCUUCUACAAAGAGACUCAGGCGGCGCUGCCAGGUGGACUGUGUAAUCCAGGCCACAGUCCUGUGGAGGGCAAGUCCGAGAGCAACACCGGGGUGCAGCUCCUCACACCCGAGUCCUGGGGCACGCCCCUGGGUGACUUACGACGCAAAGCCCCUUCCCCUGGGGGAAACCCCUCUGUGCCAGUUCCAUCCAGUUCCACCGCUGCCUCUCCCUCUGAGACAGGCACUGUUUGCUCUCCUUCCUCGUCAUCCAUCAAAAAUCACACACCCAGACCCCAUGAGAGCCCCACCUUGCCCCCUCCCCCACACCCCUCUCUGCACCCUCCCAUGGGAGUCCCUUCAGGCAGCCCCCCCAUGGUGAUGACUCCCAGGGGGCCCGUACCCCUGCCUUUCUUCAUGGAGCAUCAGAUGAUGCAGCAGAUGCGCCAGCCCUUCCUCCGCCCACCUACUCAUGGCCCAGGCCCCAAUAGCCCCCUGUCCAACCCCAUGAUCCCUGGAAUCGGACCACCACCGCCGCCCAGAACCUUGGGUCCCCCAUCCAGCCCCAUGCAUCGGCCCCAGUUCUCGCCCCACCACCACCCCUCCUCCAACCCUAACCUGGGAGGGAACCCUUCAGGGAUGAUGCCACCCCAUCCAGGCAUACACAUACCCGGUUUUCCCUUCCACCCCAACAUGAUGCCAAAUGGGCCCAUGCAUGUGCCGCCUAUGAUGAACUUCGGCAUGCCUUCCCUCGCCCCCCUGGUGCCCCCACCCACCCUUCUGGUCCCUUACCCUGUCAUCGUGCCCCUGCCUGUACCCAUCCCUAUCCCAAUACCCUUUCCCUUCAACCCCAAGACCUCCAAGGACAACCCCAGCAACAACGACACCAUUGCCGGUUCGUCAGGGAAGGCCACUGAUUUUACGGACCCCAGGCCAUUUUCCCCUGGUACAUCCAGAGGGGAACACAAAAGGACCUCUAGUUCCGGGGUGCACUCUCUUGGCUUCUUAGGCCAUUUUGGCUCAGACAGGAGUAGGACUGAUGUGGUGGACCUGACCGUAAAGACAGAGAGUCCUGGAAGUGCCAACACCUUGGGCCUCUCCCUUUCAGAUGGCUCUGGGCCUUCGCUCCAAGAGGGCGUAAUUGACCUGACUCUGGGCAGGCGGUCGCGGCUGCAGCAGGUCAUCCAGCGGGUGGUGCCCAGUAUCCAGGUGAAGGGGGAACCGGACGGGGACUCAUCCAGCCCCCCACCCUCUGGACCAUCCCCUCUGGAUGCCUCAGGCCAGGGUAAGGGCAACAGCAGCCUAGAAGACAUGAGCCAGGAGAUCAGGGAGGCCAUUAGUGGCUCUCUCGAGUCAAGCUCCCUGCCAUGUGGCCAGGCUGCAUCCCCCCAGCCAAACCAAAACUCCCACCCUGCCCAUCUCAUGAACCACCAUAGCGUCGCACGGACCCAGCCCUGCAGCCCCGCUGCCCCCUGUAAUGUCAUAGUAAAUGGCAGCAAUCAAUCCAGAGACAGCCCUAGCCGGAGCACACUACCCAUGUUUCCGUCCGAUCCUGGUCGCAGAGGUGGAGGAGGAGGUGGCGGUGACCCUGCCAACAGCGAGCUGGAGCGGGAGGCGCUGAAGGAGAACAGCUGUUCGGUGGCGGACUGGGAACCAGGUAAGAGGGGCCCAAGUGAGGAGACAGCGCAGGGGGGAACUGGGGAAGGCAAGCUGGAAGCCAACGGCGACCUUCCGGAUUUGGACGAUGACGACGACCACGCCUAUGCACUGCCCCUGCUGCUGCCCAAGGCUGGUUGCGUCAUCCAGCCUGUGCCAAAGCCCAGCGACAAGACGGCCAUCGUGUCCUGCAGCCUCAUCGCCCCCCUGUCGACAGGGCCGGGGAGCCCUGAGCUGGAGCCACCGCUAAAGAGGAGGUGCCUGCGAAUACGCAAUCAGAACAAAUGAGGCAGAAAAGCUGGCAGUAUCUUGCCAACAGAAUGAGGGAGACUGAUGAAGGUUUUGACAACACUAGCCUAUUACCAUCCACCCCUCGUUCCUCCACAGAACUGUCUCCCAGCCGACCAGCACUCAAAAGUCUAGCCUUGCCACCCCAAUAUUGACCAUUCAGCAUAGCCCAACCCCAAAAAUCCCUGGACCAGUGGAAGAGGCUUUCAGUAUUGACCCAGUCAGACCAGAAGUCUUAUUUUCUCUUGAGACAUUCCUUUAGCCCACAUUGCCCCAUCUAGUUUCCAAAGCAAAUUCCCUGUCAGAUAUUCGCUGUCAGACUGAUAAGCCACAAUACUAAGCCAAAAUAUGUACCAGCAAUUAUUUUUUUGCUGGGAAAGGCCUAAGUUACUCUAGCCUUUUUAGAUUGUUCAUUCAAGAGUAAAAGGUGGAGCAUUUUUGUGGCAAGAAAUUCAGGCUAAACUCAUACUUACCCACCCCAUUUUUUUUGCAUGAUCACAACCAGCAAAAAAUACUGACCACCAACCCCCAUCUCGCUAUUGAUGGUGACCGAUCAUUUUGUACUGGUAACCAAAAAGAGACAUCUGAUAAUACAAGUUAACAAUCCAACAGAGCCAAUUUCUGAGCCUCACAUGUUGAGGAAUCAGAACAAGGGAAAAGAAGAGCAUUAAUGGACUUGUUCUAUCGAGGUCUCAAUCCCUGGAAAUGGCAUCACAAAUCUUUCUCUGGUGGAGCAGUGAGGACAUCUUCAAUAGAAGGAAACCAUGGCACUACUGGACGGAUCUUUGGUUGGUUUCAUGGUAAUAAAAGAUGUUUUAAGUUUAUCUUCACUCACAGUUUAGUGGACAACAGAGUAGAGACCUCACCAGCAAACAACGGUGGGUGAGUGAGGACAAUGUGCAAUCUCUGCUAUCGUAGAAGCCAUUUUGCUUCUCGGCAAGCCCUUGGGCAGACAGAAUCAGAUGUGUUAUUCUGCUUCUAAUCAUCACUGCUAUAAAAAAAAAAAUGUUUAAAAAAAUAACAC